GGGAGCUCAUUCACUCACAACGACAAAACAGGAGACCACGUUUAACUCACUCGCUGGAAACUUUGGAGCUACCCAAGCAGAAAACAUCUCAUCAUGUGCAGAGGACUGGAAUUACUGCCUCUCACCUGCCUGGAGAGAGCAAAGGAGCUGAGAGCUUUGUUUGGAAGUUUACUGCAGAAGUCGGACCACAGCAUCAGCGAGCAGUCAAAGAAAAGUGAGAAACUGAGGUUAAAUGAAAACGAGCCUCUGAAAUGGAAAGAGUCUUUUGAGAGUCUGUUGUCCAGCCAAAAUGGACUGUGCCUGUUCAGAGCAUUCCUUGUGUCGGAGUUUAGUGAGGAAAACAUUGCUUUUUACUUAGCGUGUGAAGACUACAGGGCGACAAAACCUUCAAAACUGGCUGCCAAAGCAAAGAAAAUCUAUGAGGAGUUCAUCUGCUCUGAUGCUCCACGAGAGGUAAAUCUUGACCAUGUGACCAAAGCAAUCACAAAAAAGAACAUGGAGCAGCCCAGUCUGUCCAGUUUCGACCCGGCCCAGGCCAAAAUCUACACCCUGAUGGAAAAAGACUGCUACCCUCGCUUCCUCAAGUCUGCAACAUACCUGGAGCUGACCAAGAACACCAAGAUGGUCAAACGGACUUAAAAAACAAUUCAAAGAGAGAAAAACAUUGAUCUAUAAGCAGCAGACGUCAUGUGAAUCCUCCUCAAAGGGAUGGACACUAUCUGACGCACAGUGAAGACUGGAAAGGUUCAAGUGGAACAAAUACCUCAGGCAUGAUGAGCUCUGGACUUAUUCUACACCAGAGAUCCUCAAAGAUUCCUGGCUGAUCUGGGUCCCUGCUGGAAGCUGAGGUGUACAUGAGGCAGAGGAGAGGAAGAUGACGCAGACUGAGUUACAAGAAGAGUCUGCCUCAGAAUAAGUUGAGUUUACUGUGUAUACAAGACUGCAUGAUGGCAGUUGAGGGUGACAUGAGAUAAAAAAAAAAACUGCAAGGAGAUUUGAAAGAG